UAGGUUAUUCAUUCAAAGCACGUUUUCAAUAGUCAUAUGUUUAAAACUUGAACAAAAUUCAACUAAAUAUUUCCCGUUGCUAGAUAUUCGAAAGCAUCUUUGAAGAAGUGGUUUUGUGAUACUUUCUAUCAGAUGUCUUCAUUCGCAUCAAGACUACGACUUCUUAGCAAACGAAUUAGAAUGCCUAAAAAAGAAAAAUCACCGCCAAACAUACCGUCUCAUCCAGUAUAUCGACCACCACCUGUGGUUUUCCAUGCCACAAACUUAGUUAAGCCAACUCCACUUCAUAUGAUAUCUUUUAUAAAGCCGCCUAGUCCGGAACUAAGCUGUGUGUUUUGUCAUCAGGAAAUGAACGGUGAUAUAAUGAUCAAGUUGACUUGUGAUCAUUUUGCCCACAAAAGUUGUUUAAGUUUGAUGUUUGAUACUGAUGAUCGAACAAAACUACCAGUUUGUGGGGUUUGUCAACAAGUUACAAGGUGCAUGGAUGAUAAUUUGCAUGAUCAUAUGGUGGAAGAGUUGGAAGAUAAUAUGAUACUGCUACCUCCAUUUGCAGUUAUUUGACCUUAUUUGUGGGGUAUUUAUCAGUAGCCACCUGUCACAUUUACUGAGUUAUGUGGUGGAAUUGUGAUAGUACUAUAUUCUAUAUAGGUAUUUUCAAGAUAAUAGUUAAAUACCCCACCACAAGCACUUGAUACG